AUGAAAAAUCACAAUAAAUUAUUUUUCAGUUGGCUUUUCCCGAUAAUAAUCAAAGGAACGAAGCGAUUUUUAAAAGAAGAAGAUUUGUACGAGACUUCAAAAUAUCACACUUCGGAGUAUCUUGGAGAUCUACUUCAGAAAGAGUGGAACAAAGAACUACAGAAAAGAAAUCCAAGCAUAUUGAAAGCUUUAUUACGAUUUGUUGGAUGGCAAUCCUUAAUAAUAGUGUUCCUUUUACUUAUCCAGGAAACAGCCGUAAUUUCAGGCCAAGUAUACUUAUUGGGAUUAAUAGUACAUUAUUUUGACAACAGACUGCAAUGGAAUCAACACAAUACAUAUGUAAUGGUUGCAGGAUUUUUCGGCAUACUUUUGAUUCACUUGUUUACAAGUAGUAUUACUGGCUUUUUGUCAGAAUUAUAUGGAAUGAAAUUAAAGGUAGCUUUUUGCACUGUUAUUUAUAAAAAAGCAAUUAGGUUAAGUCCUUCGUCUCUAGUGAAGUCAAAUGUCGGACAAAUGGUAAAUCUUCUUGCAAAUGAUGUCAGCAAAUUUUAUAAUAACUGAAUGUAAAGUGGAAAAGAAGUCUAAAAGGCAGAAAAAAAUAAUUGAAAACAAUGCAGUCAAUAUGAAAUGUACAGUAA